AUGGUCGAGAACAUGAAGCGUGUCGCUUCUUCUGACCAAGAGCUCACUGUCGAGGAGCGCAACCUGCUCUCCGUUGCCUACAAGAACGUCAUUGGAGCACGCCGUGCUUCGUGGAGAAUAGUUUCGUCUAUCGAACAGAAGGAGGAGUCGAAGGGCAACGAAGCCCAGGUAACCAUGAUCAAGGGCUACCGGGAGAAGAUCGAGCAGGAGCUUGCCAAAAUCUGCGAAGACAUUCUCGACGUUCUCGACAAGCACCUCAUCCCCUCUGCCGCCUCUGGCGAGUCGAAGGUGUUCUACCACAAGAUGAUGGGUGACUACCACCGCUAUCUUGCAGAGUUCGCUACUGGGGACAAGCGGAAAGACAGUGCCGACAAGUCGCUCGAAGCCUACAAGGCUGCCUCCGACGUCGCUGUCACUGAACUUCCCCCGACGCACCCUAUUCGUCUCGGUCUGGCGCUCAACUUCUCCGUCUUUUACUACGAAAUCCUCAACUCCCCCGACCGUGCUUGCCACCUGGCUAAGCAAGCCUUCGACGAUGCCAUUGCUGAGCUCGACACGUUGUCAGAAGAGAGCUACAAGGACUCGACACUGAUCAUGCAACUCCUUCGGGAUAACCUGACGCUCUGGACUUCGGACAUGCAGGAUGCUGACAAGCCCGCCGAUGCAAAGGACGAGGCUGCGGACGCCCCUGCUGACGAUUAG